CGGGGCUUGUGGUGGUAAACGCCUGCUCUGCUGGUUUUGUGUGAGUUCAGUCUGUGUUCUGUGCCUGGUCUCUCUCCGGCUGUCUGUUUUUCUACUGAGCGGAAGCAGGAAUCAUCUACAAAAUGUUUCUUGCAAAUAAUUUAAUCGGAGGCAUCAUCAAAGUGAUCGGGAACAUCGACCCGUCUCAGUUCAGGCCUUCGGACCCUCCUCCUCCUCGCAGACCCGUGAACUUCGCCGAGGCUCAUGAAAGCGACGAGGAGAAACAGUUUCGAAGAGUUUUCAAUCAGCUGGCUGGAGACGACAUGGAGGUGAGCCCACAGGAGCUCAUGGGCAUCCUGAACCGAAUUGUUUCCAAGCACGGAGGCCUGAAGACCGACGGCUUCAGCAUCGAGUCCUGCAGGAGCAUGGUCGCCGUCAUGGACAGCGACAGCACAGGACGACUGGGCUUUCAUGAGUUCAAAUAUCUGUGGAACAACAUCAAGAAAUGGCAGGGCAUCUAUUUAUCCCACGACUCGGAUCGUUCAGGUGCGAUCAGCUCCGACGAGCUGCCGCGUGCCUUCAAGGCAGCAGGUUUCCCUCUGAAUGAAGAACUCUUCAAGCUGAUCGUCCGUCGCUACAGCGACGAGAACGGCAACAUGGACUUUGAUAACUUCAUCGGCUGCUUGGUUCGACUGGACGCCAUGUGCAGAGCUUUUAAAACUCUGGAUAAAGAAGGCGACGGCACCAUCUCCCUGGACAUCAAAGAGUGGCUCCAGCUGACGAUGUAUUCAUGAAGCGUGCAGGAGAGCCGCUCC